UGAGACAUGAGCAGAUACUCUUUAAUCAAGGUCCGUUCCCUUCGCUUAAGUAUGAUGCUCAACUACUGGAUGCGUUAAGAUUCGGUCGAUCGCCUUGGGACUGGAAGCAAACUUCUCCAGUGGAGAAAAUACUGUCUAGUUGCUGUACAGUUUCUCCUGAUGCGCGACCAGCGAUGGGGGGAGUCUUUCGAUCACUCGUGGAUGCCUGUGCUGAGUUAGACUCAUCUUCAAGUUUCGAGAUGCCUGACCUUAAAACAACGCUGCUGCCGUCAGCGGGGUUCACCGAUGGCUCGGUGGAUUCGUUCUUUGCACUGAGUGAAAAUCGUACGGAUUCGAAACUCGCAACGGCAUUCAAGAAGGCGGCCAUUGAGGCUGUUGGACAAGUAGCUCCUGUUUCCGCCUCUCCCAGCUUUCAAAAUGGGUUUUCUGUUAAGAAACAAAAAGAGGAUGAGUACGAGGAGGAAGUCGAAGCAGACGGCAACUUCGGAGAAACUCCCACUCUUCCAGACAUCGGUACUAUGAUAGAAGAUAUUCCCGACAUGUCUGAGGAUGAGUCUAUCUUCGCUUCCCCUCUACUCACUCCGGCUGUUGUCCAAGAAGAGCUGGAGCCGCCAGGAGAGCCAGGUCAUCUACUCGCAGAACUUAUAUCAGCCGCCGCUGAGUUGGAGGCGGCUCUUGGGGAGACCGUUGAUGACACGAAGCCACCUGUUCGAGAUCUUGCAUACGAUCCUUCGCCUCCACCUAGCCUCAGGUUUGAGUCUCCUGCCACGCCUACUCUGUUUAAUGCAUCCCGAUUUCUGCCAUUUAAGCGCUCUCGCAAGGAAAGGCGCCAGAAGCCCGCUGUCUCGAAUUCCGAUGAAGGUCUUGCCGACGAAGAAGCUGAUGUGCCACCACGAAGCAAGGGCGAUGAUGAUGAUGAUUGGGACCUACUGGAAGCUCCCGGCCAUGAAGAGACGAACGGACCUUCUGGUCGUGGUCGUGGUGGUACGAGUCUUUUCGGACGAGGAGUAGUUAAUGGAUCCCGGCUGGCUGUUUUCAAAAAGUCCACCCCCACGCGAUCGAGAGUCAACCGGACUCCUCUUGACUCAGAACGUACACCAUUCACAACCCCAGACCCGACAGCCUCUCCCGCACUGCCCGAAGUUAAGAAGCGAGGGAGAACACAUGGUCUCAGUCUUCGGAAGGGUACCACCACCAAAUUCCUUCCUGCCAAAUUGCCGAUUGGUUCAUCUCCAACUCCAAGCACAUCAUCCGUGCGCAGACUGCUCUCCUCUCCAUCGAGUUCGAAUAAAGGCGUGACCUCUGUACCCUCGCACCGACGUCACGCGCCACAAGAUCUUCUAUGACAGUUCCCAACUAGCCCUCUCUUAAGUCAAAAUCAUCUGCAUUGUCUCGAGAAUCGGUCGGGAUGCCAGGUUCUUCGGGGACUUCCGUCAACGACGAAAAUUCGGGCACGCGCCCUGCCUUGGCGCAAUCCAGAUCUGAUAUUGCUCAAGAUGGUACCCUCAAGGGAUUGAACCCCCUAGGUGAGAUUGAUGAACCGCCGAAAAUUUUCAACAAGAAAAUGAAGGUUGGAGCCGAGAAAGUCAUGUCCCUGUUCGGGCAACCCAGAUCAUAGAGUUCUCCGUUGAACACAUUAGUCUUUGCGGAUCUCCUUCAGUAACUCAUCACGCUCCCAAUCUACGUUUGACUAAUCCUUGAGAUUAUUAUCGUUUGCGCUCAUUGCCUUGUAAUCUGCAUCCAACAUACACCACGCUCAUUCUCC